AUGGCACCCAAGCAGCUCAAUUUCAUCACUGGCAACAAGAACAAGCUAGCCGAAGUUCAAGCAAUCCUCGCCCCCACUGGCGUAGACCUCUCAAACCAAUCUGUAGACUUGCUUGAGAUUCAGGGCACGAUUGAGGAAAUUUCAAAGGACAAAUGCCGCAGAGCAGCAGACACGGUAUGCAUAGAAUCUUUGGAAAGAGUUUGGCAAAAGUUUAUUGAUUCUGAUCUCUUUGAUUCANNGGUCGGUGGACCCGUCCUAGUAGAAGACACAUGCUUGUGCUUUGACGCUUUCGAUGAACUCCCAGGCCCAUAUGUAAAGUGGUUCAUGAAGUCGCUCGGCGUUCAGCAGUUCCACAAGCUUCUCGCUGGUUUCGACGACAAGGGUGCGCAGGCCGUGUGCACAUUCGCAUACUCUGAAGGUCCUGGCCACGAGCCCAUCAUUUUCCAGGGAAGAACCAAGGUUAGUCGUCACAACCCAAGUCUCGCUUACAACAAGUGUGCUGACUGGUACGACAGNGGCAAGAUUGUUGAGGCCCGUGGGCCCACCGAUUUUGGUUGGGACGCAUGCUUUGAGUACGAAGGCCAGACAUAUGCCGAGAUGCCCAAGGUCGAAAAGAACAAGAUCUCGCACCGUGGCAAGGCUCUGGCCAAGUUGACUGAGUGGCUUAAUGCACACACCGAGUAA